CUGCCGGGCGCUACAUCUCCCCUUUCCACGAUAUCCCCAUCUACGCCGACGCCGGCAAGAAUGUGUUCAACAUGGUUGUGGAAGUACCUCGAUGGACAAAUGCUAAAAUGGAGAUUGCAACAAAGGAUCCCUUAAACCCAAUUAAGCAAGAUGUGAAGAAAGGAAAACUGCGCUAUGUAGCUAACGUGUUUCCCCAUAAGGGUUAUAUCUGGAAUUACGGUGCUAUCCCACAGACUUGGGAAGACCCGGGUCACAAAGAUGAGAAUACUGGCUGCUGUGGAGAUAACGAUCCAAUCGAUGUGUGUGAAAUCGGAAGCAAGGUCUGCUCUCGAGGAGAAGUCAUCAAGGUGAAGGUGCUGGGCACGCUGGCACUGAUCGAUGAGGGAGAGACGGACUGGAAGAUAAUCGCUAUCAACGUUGAAGACCCUGAAGCAGACAACUAUAAUGACAUCAAUGACGUCAGAAGGAUGAAACCUGGAUACUUAGAAGCUACAGUGGACUGGUUCAGAAGAUACAAAGUACCCGACGGAAAGCCGGAAAACCAGUUUGCUUUUAAUGGCGAAUUCAAAGACAAGGAUUUUGCGCUGAGCGUCAUCAAAAGCACUCACGAACACUGGAAAGCUUUAAUAGCAAAGAAAACCGACGGCGGGGAGAUCAACUGCACAAAUCUGACGGUGUCUGAAAGCCCUUUCUGCUGUAGCCAGGAGUGUGCAAAAGCUACGGUGGAUGCGGCACCGCCGUGUAGAGCUGCCAACCCCAUCCCACCCGAAGUUGACAAGUGGUUCUACUACCAGAAGAACUAAAAGGCCUGAGGAAAACCUCUCCGUCCUUCCCACCCAGGAGUCGCCGCGUGCGGGAAUAGACCAGAAAAAAUAGCGCAGUGUCAACGAGGCGGCCUUGCCCGCGCCUUUCCCCGUCACCAUCGCCCACCUAGCCCUGACGUCUCUGCUGCAGCGAGGCCCCGUGCAGCCUGGGGGGUGUAAUUUAUAAAAUGCCCAGGCCCUGCUCGCGCGCGUGGUGGGGCAGCGCGGGGCGUGCAGGGCGGUCGCUCACCUGGUACGUGUACGGAUGCUAUGGAUAAUAAAAAC